UGAUCGACGUUUGUGAAAUGCCUCUCCUACUGGCUCUCCGGUGUCACAGCAUGAUCGACAGCUUAUACAACGAUAGGAACAAUAGAUUAAGGGGAAUAUAUAUAUGAUGUGCGAGGGGCGCAGCGGCUCGGAUCGCCCUGGCCACUCAAAUCGACACGCUCUCCGACAAGCUGCAUGAGCUGUGCUCGUAGACCAAGCAUGUUGCGGUGAAGCACGUUCCUCAACCUCGUUUCGUGCCACGAGGGGCCUUGAGAUAUAUGUCGUGUGUUUUAACUGGCAAAAUCUGGCGGUGAAACAAUGGCUUCGCUGUAGUCGUUUGACAUUGCCACACUUGCCGCCCCGUUGGUGCUCCCUCUUCGAGGCUUGAGCUACCACGUCGAUUGUCAUUUGUGCAAAAGUUUCCGUCUGAUUGUUCAUUUCACCGCUGGGUAAACUAUCUAUCCUAUUUACCAACACAAUCCGUUGGGUAGUUCAGCUGAGCUCAUCUGGACACAUGCGGGGCGCCAUAUAAUAGGAAAACUUCCACUCUUUUCCUUCUGGGGACUUGCUACACCACACUUCUCAAAACCCACUAUCCCCUGGGUCGUAGAUAAGAACGACAACACCAUCAUGUCCAACCCUUUAGGUUUUGGGAACAGAAAGUUCUCCAUCAAUAGGAACACGGGCGUUCCUAGACCUGCCCGCCGUUUCUCCAAUACCGAGCCUGGUAUCAACGAGGCCAGUUCCAAGAUCCACAGGCAGUUUCGUGCUGCUCAUGAGGGCCAUCUUCCUCAUGCCGGUCUGGAUGCCACCAGGGCUUCUACCGGUGUUGUUUGGUGUACCGAGCGAGCAGCCGAGCAUGGCUUCCUCGAUGAGCCUGACAAAUGGGCAAACCUAGGUCAGGGUGCCCCUGAAGUGGAAGAUGACAUUGAAGGCUGCUUCCCCCGGCCCAAGACCAUUGACAUCAGCCUCGGCAGCCGUGAAUACGGCCCAACUGCCGGAAUCAAGCCUCUCCGUGAAGCCGUAGCCAACCUCUACAACGCGAUGCACCGCCAGGGCAAAACCAGUCAAUACACCUGGGAGAACGUCGCCAUCGUCCCCGGCGGCCGUGCUGGUCUCAUUCGGAUUGCCGCCGUUCUGAACAACGCCUACGUCGGCUUCUUCAUCCCCGACUACACCGCCUACAACGAAAUGCUCUCCCUCUUCAAGAACUUCGCCGCCAUUCCCGUCCCCUUGUCCGAGGAAGACGGCUACCACAUCCACCCCGACAAGAUCGCCGAGGAGAUCGCCCGCGGCACCUCCGUCAUCAUCACCUCCAACCCCCGCAACCCAACCGGCCUUGUCGUCGCCAACCCCGAGCUCGCCGAAAUCCAAGACAUCUGUCGUGAGCGCGCCACCCUCGUCAGCGACGAGUUCUACUCUGGGUACAACUACACCUCCAACUGCGACGGAACCUCCAUCUCCGCCGCCGAGAACGUAAUCGACGUCGACGAGGACGACGUGCUCAUCAUCGACGGCCUGACCAAGCGGUUCCGCCUCCCAGGCUGGCGUGUCGCUUGGAUCCUCGGCCCAAAGGAAUUCAUCAAAGCCAUCGGCUCCUGCGGUUCCUACCUCGACGGCGGCACCAACGUCCCCUUCCAGGAGGCCGCCAUCCCCAUGCUCGAGCCGUCUCUCGUCAAGAAGGAGAUGCAGGCUCUUCAGCAACACUUCAAGGAGAAGCGUGACUAUGUCGUCGAGCGCCUCCGCGGGAUGGGAUUUACUAUCCGCCACGUGCCUGAUUCCACGUUCUACAUCUGGCUGAACCUCGAGGGGCUGCCCGGCCCGAUCUCGGACGGGCUGAACUUUUUCCAGGCGUGUCUCGAGGAGAAGGUGAUUGUUGUUCCGGGGAUCUUCUUUGACUUGAACCCGGCGAGGAGGAGGGAUUUGUUUGACAGCCCGUGUCAUCACUUUGUGCGGUUUUCAUACGGGCCCAAGAUGGACGUGCUGAAGAUGGGGUGUGAUGGGAUCGAGAGGGUGGUGAACAAGUUUAAGAAGUUGGUUAGCCACCCCAACUAUAAGUAAGGGUUUGCAGACGGGGGGAAGAUGAUGAUACUGGGGAGAAGCAAAACAGGGAAGAGGUUAGGAUAACAAAGCAAACUGGGCCUUUAGGUAGAAC